GUUAAUUUCCAGAUACGUGGGAAAGCAUUAUUUUUCAUUAUAGUCCUUGGCAUUGGAGGAUCCUUGCAAAAUGGAUUUCACGUCACAGUAAUCAGUUCACCUUCACCUUACAUCCAGGAUUUCAUCAAUAGGAGCUGGUUCGAGCGUUAUGAGGAGCCGCUGCCGAAUCGCACCGUCACCUUCAUCUGGUCCAGCAUCGUGGGUCUCUACGGCGUGGGCGGCCUUAUCGGCUCUAUGUGCGUCAAGUACUUUGCAGGUAGAUUCGGAAGGAAGGGAGCCAUGAUGUGGAACGAUGCGAUCAGCAUCGUGUCCGCACUGAUAAUGUUCUCUAGUAAAUCUUUGAAUUCCUUUGAAAUGGUCAUUCUUGCGAGGUUCUCUUACGGAUUUGCAGCAGGGCUGGGUUUAUUUGUUCAUAUGAUGUACCUGGGGGAGAGUUCUCCUACAAAACUCAGAGGAAUGGUCACCCUGACAUCUGCUACAUUCUUCGCCAUUGGAAAACUGUCAGGACAGCUUGCUGGCCUAAAGGAGUUCCUAGGUCAUGAGAGUUUGUGGAACGUGCUGCUCUCUCUUCCUGGGAUUCUCGCUUUCAUUCAGCUGGUGGCUCUUCUGUUCAUCCCAGAGGCACCCAGGUACUUACUGAUAGACAAAGACAACAAGGAAAUGUGUCAGAAAGCCCUGCAGACUCUGUGGGGUGUCGGAGAAUACAAGGUGGAAAUGGAGGAGAUGAUGCUGGAGCAGGUCGCUAUAAAAGGACAGCCAUCCAAGAGCGUGGUGGGCCUGAUGAGGGAUCACCUGGUCCGCUGGCAGCUCCUCACCAUCAUGGUCAUCACCUUCUCCAUCCAGUUCUCGGGUGUCUCUGCGAUCAGUUCCUUCUCCUACUCAGUUCUGAUGGAAGCGGGCAUCCCGUCGGAUAAGAUCCGAUAUGUCACCCUGGGGCUGGGAAUUUCAGAGGUUAUGACCUCCAUCGUGUGUGGAUUUCUCAUUGAGGACUUGGGGAGGAGAAGCCUACUGUGGAAGGGCUUUGGCGUCAUGUCUGUACUCAUGGCGCUGGUUGGACUCACACAGCUUCUGAAGGUUAGCUUCCUGGACCUUGGGCCCAUCAUUUGCCGUUUCCUGAAUAAAAGAGUUUUCUCUUAGCUGAGUCAGUGCAGCUCCUGCUGCAAUUAAGGCAGCGUGUUUAAAAACACAGGACAAAAGUAAUACUGGACAUUAGCCAGUAACCACAAAUGCUAAAAUCUCAUCUAUCUUUUACCCAGUUAUCACGGUGGGUGGAGCCUAUCCCAGGCAGCAAGGGGAUACCAUGGUUGGGAUGCCAGUCCAUCACAGGGCACAUAUACACAAUGGGAUAUUUAGAGAUGCCAGUUAACUGUCUAUCUUUGGACUGGCAGAGGAAGCCAACAGCACAUGCAAACUGCACACAUGAAGAGCGGAGGCAGGCUGUUAAACUUGGAGGUGUGAGGCAACAGUGUUACUUACUGAGCCGCUGUACCGCUGUUCAUCCAUAUGUUUGAAAUGAUAUUUAUGCCGCUACUUUAGGAUUUAAUUGAGUUAGACUGUAAACCUCAUAAUGUAGUGCAUAUAACACAAAAUUAAAUCAGGAUAUUUAAACACAUAAGGCUUAGCAGAGAUUUCCAGUCUCCAGCAUGACCUCGUGUGUGUGGAGUUUGCGUGUUCUCCCCGUGUCGUCCUGGGGUUUCCUGGAUGGCUUAACACAUGCUUGUUGGCCUGAACGGUGCCUAUAGGUCAUUACCCACUGCUGCUUCUUCCAUUGAUGUAUCCUAGUCAGAGG